GGUGGAGUUAGUUAACUUCAUGUGUGAGCUGGAUCCACUCUUCCAGGACUGACCCACUUUUGAAUAUAAUAAUCCCAAUAAAUUCUUUUCUUUUUUUGAUUUUUUUUUUGUUUUAAUUAUAAAAACCAUUAAAAAUUUACCCAGUAACAGAGAAAUUUAGCUUGAAGCUGAUACAAGCCAUGUCUUCUUCAACCUUUCAAUCCCUUUAAAAAUUACACACACAGACGUAUAUAUACAUACAUACAAAUUUUCUUCUCUAAAUAAUCCAAAAUCUUUUCUUUCCUUUUUAUUUUUCUCUAAUUCUUGCAUAUCUCAAGUGGGUUCUUUCUGUUUCGAACUGGGUAUUAAUCUUUCUUUUAAAUGACAAAAAUUAUUCCAAGUUCAUCUUCAGUUUCCAAUAUGUGAAAUUUAGUUUCUUUUUUUUUUAGUUUUUAUAUGUACCUUUUUUCUGUUUUGAGAUCAAAGGUUGAUUCUUUUUAAGCUAUGAAUCUGAGUAACGGUAAGGGAUCGAUGUCAACGGCCAGCUCUAGUGUUGCUUGGAAAGCUGGAGAGGUUGUUCCCGAUCAAUUUCCAGCUGGGUUACGGGUUUUGGUUGUUGAUGAUGAUCCAACGUGUCUUAUGAUCUUAGAGAAGAUGCUUAGGACUUGUCUUUACGAAGUUACAAAAUGCAAUCGAGCAGAGACCGCAUUAUCCUUGCUCCGAGAGAACAAAAAUGGAUAUGAUAUUGUCAUAAGUGAUGUUCACAUGCCAGACAUGGAUGGAUUUAAACUCCUUGAGCACAUUGGGCUAGAGAUGGAUCUGCCUGUUAUCAUGAUGUCUGCGGAUGAGGCAAAAAGUGUAGUUAUGAAGGGAGUAACCCAUGGUGCGUGUGAUUAUCUCAUCAAACCAGUACGCAUUGAGGCACUGAAGAACAUAUGGCAGCACGUGGUGCGGAAGAAAAGAAAUGAAUGGAAGGAUUUGGAGCAAUCAGGAAGUGUAGAAGAGGGAGAUAGGCAGCCAAAACAAUCCGAGGAUGCUGAUUACUCGUCUUCAGCCAAUGAAGGGAAUUGGAGAAACUCAAAGAAGAGGAAAGAUGAAGAAGAAGAAGGAGACGAAAGGGAUGAUACAUCCACAUUAAAGAAGCCAAGGGUGGUUUGGUCAGUUGAACUCCACCAACAGUUUGUUGCAGCAGUUAAUCAACUAGGCAUUGACAAAGCUGUUCCGAAAAAAAUUCUGGAACUGAUGAAUGUUCCUGGGCUCACGAGAGAAAAUGUUGCUAGUCACCUUCAGAAAUAUCGGCUGUAUCUUAGAAGGUUGAGUGGAGUUUCACAACACCAGAACAAUUUAGGCAAUGCUUUUAUCAGUCCCCAAGAAGCAACUUAUGGUCCACUGUCUUCAUUCAAUGGAAUUGACCUUCAAACUCUUGCUGCAACUGGUCAGCUUCCAGCACAAAGCCUUGCGACGCUCCAAGCAGCAGGGCUUGGUAGAUCAGCUGUAAAAUCUAGAAUGCCUAUCCCCAUUGUUGAUCAGAGAAAUCUAUUUAGUUUUGAGAAUCCUAAGUUAAGAUUUGGAGAGGGGCAACAGCAACAAUUGAACAAUAGUAAGCAGAUGAACUUACUUCAUGGAAUCCCAACAAGCAUGGAGCCAAAACAACUAGCAAAUAUACACCAUUCAGCACAAUCCAUUGGAAGCAUGAAUAUGCAAGUCAAUGCCCAUGGAGGUCAGGGUGGCCAAAGUAAUUCUUUGCUGAUGCAGAUGUCUCAAUCACAAUCCAGAGGGCAGAUGCUAAAUGAAACCUGUGUCACCCAUGUUCCUGCUCUCCCAUCAUCCAUAGGGCAGCCUGUUAUCUCUACUGCAAUUGCUGGAGGGGUCUUAGCAAGAAAUGGUUUAGCUGAAAGUAGAGGGGCAGUAUAUAAUUCAGUUUCACAGUCAUCUUCGAUUAUCAAUUUCCCCUUGAACAACACAUCAGAAUUAUCAGGUAACAGUUUUCCACUAGCAAGCAACCCUGGGAUAUCCAGUCUCACAACUAAGGGAGCAUUUCAAGAAGAGGAUAACUCAGAAAUAAAGGGAUCAGUCGGGUUUAUGCCAAGUUAUGACAUCUUUAGUGAUUUAAAUCAGCAUAAAUCUCAUGAUUGGGAAUUACAAAAUGUAGGCAUAACCUUCAAUGCCUCUCAGCAAAACAACUCUCUACAAAGAAACCUUGAUGUUGAGCCAUCAGUUUUUUCUCAUCAAAGGUUUUCUUCUAAUCAAAGGACCGUACCAAACAGGAAUAUGUCAGUUAUGGGCAAACCCAUGUUUUCCACUGGCGAUGCAACUGAUCAUGUGAAUGUACAAAGUGCCGGACAGCAUGUUAACACCUUUUUUGCUGAGAAUUCAGCGAGGGUUAAAUCUGAGCCCAUAGCUGAUGCAAAUUGUCAGACAAAUCUCUUUCCUGAACAGUUUGGGCAGGAAGAUCUCAUGAGCGCUCUUCUCAAACAACAGCAGGGCGGCGUAGGGCCUGCUGAAAAUGAUUUCGACUUUGACGGAUAUCCAUUGGAUAAUAUUCCUGUGUAGCAGUUAUCUCAGUUAUGGCAGUUUUUUUUAUGUAUAUAGCUGCUAUUACAGUUGAUUAAUCUCUUCUGAAAAUAGAGAAAGCAGUUCAGGUUAGUGUUCUAUUCGGGAGACAGGAUUGCUUGGUUUCACAAGUCAGCAUUUUCUUUUGUGUAUAUCAUGUUCAGCUGUUUAUUUGGACUGCGGCUCUGGCAAAUGGAAUAGAGAUUGAUAUAUCAUCAUGGUGGAAGGUACUUGCAAAGCUUGUAAGAUACCACUGCAUGGCAUGCCAAGGCAUAGCAUGCAAAAUUUUGGCUGCAUUUGGUUGGAAAAUAUAGCAAGGAGUGUAAUUUUAGGCGCUUGUGGUGCUGCUAAUUGGCUGAAAUUGCGGAGACAAUUUCUUAGAUUUCUGCAGAACUUUAGGAGUUUUCUAACGCUAAUAACAUAUCUAAGUUUAUGUUAUAUAUAUAUAUAUAUAUAUAUAUAUAUAUAUAUAUAUAUAUAUUCCUUUUUAUUUUCUCUUCAUUUUAAAUUUAUUUCUCUUAUUGAAGGAAUUGACCUUGAUGUACAUAUACAAUUUGAUUGCUCUAGACACAAGUCUGAGUAAUUUUAUUUCUUUUUCUUUAUCCUUUCCAUUUCUUUUUCUCUGGCCUUCAUCAUUCUUAUAAAUGAAAACUGACUGUUUUUGGCAA